AUGUUUAAGAGAGACGGAAGUUCGGACACCUACUUUGGUGUUGUCAUCGUUGGAAAUAGGGCAGACAUAAAGCGCAUUGGUCAGGCACCAUUCCAGAACAAUCAGCAGCUGAAUAUUACAGUUCGUGCCACAGAUCGGAAUGGUAAUACAACCCAGGUCACAUUCGCAACUGUUCAGAUCUUGGUCGGUCCACGGGCUCCACAGUUCAAACUUGAACAAUUCACAUACAGGUUCCAGGAGGAUAAUGCUGUCAACCAAAGGAUAACAACGGACCUGAACCGCAUCAAGGUGAGAAGCUUCCAGAAUAAUGCAGUGAUAUUCUCCAUCCUGGACGGCAACAGUCAAGUAAGCAAUUUGUUUGAAGCGCGCCUGGCUGCCCAGACAUCUGGUGACGUUAAGGAGUGCGACCUGUACGUGCUGAGGUCCAUGGACCAUGAAGUGGACCCCAAGGACUUCAACCUGAGCAUCAAGGUGACCGAGGCUUCCACAGGGCUGUCCAGUACUGUCCCGAUGGUUGUUCAAUUGACAGACAAAAAUGAGUUUAAUCCAAGGUUCAGCAUUUCUACGUACAAAAAAGAGACUGUGAGCGAAAACAUAGCUGUUGGUGCAGUUCUUCUUCAAGUUACGGCUACUGACCAGGACCUUAAUUCCAAAAUUUCCUUUAGUGUAAACAACGACCACUUCAGAGUCCAAGCAGUUGAUCCAAAUAGGAUGGAAAAUCCAUACACUGCAGACAUCAUUGUCAAUAAAGCCUUAGAUUAUGACAGCUUGCAAGUCAAACUAUAUGACUUCACUGUUACCGCCACUGAUAAUGGCGAUAUUCAGCGCACUGGAGACGCCACUGUGAGAAUUUUCCUUACUAAUGUCAAUGAUGAGAAGCCAGUGUUUACAGAAAACAUGACAGCCGAUGUCAGAUACAAUGCACCUGUAGGAACUGAAAUCUAUCAGGCAAAGGCCACAGAUGCAGAUGGUGAUGGUGUCAAAUAUAGAUUUGUUUCAAACAACCCAAAGUUUCAAAUUGAUCAGAAUUCAGGACGUGUGGUGCUUCAACAGAAAAUUGUUGACAGUCAAGCCCAGAUCAGUGACUUUGAGUACAGGCUGGGUAUUAUUGCCACUGAUGAUGGUGCUUGUUGUGGCAAUACUCAGACCAAGUCUAGCACCAGCACUUUGACUGUCAAUAUUCUCACUGACAAUACCGUUAGGCCAAGCUUUGAUAAUUGUCAAUUGCUGAAUCCAAAAGUUAAGGAAGAAGUGACAGGAGCAACUGUUAUUCAGGUUACUGCUACAGACACAGAUUAUGGCAAGAAUGGAAAGGUUACAUACUCAAUUCGUGAGCAGAAUGUGCCAUUUGUUAUCAAUUCUACCUCUGGAGUGAUCACCACCAGUGCAAAAAUUGACAGAGACAAAUUGACAGGCUCAAAAAUUUCAAUCAACGUGAUUGGUGAGGAUGGUGGUGGUCUGCAAGGAACUUGUCUUCUUUUGAUCCAAAUAGAGGACAUCAACGACAAUGCUCCAGUGUUUGGACCAUUGAAUGCCUUCAAAGUCCUGAAAACCGCAAGUGUUGGAACUAUUGUGGACACUGUAGAGGCAACUGAUGCAGACAUCAGUUCGAAUGGGCAGAUUGUGUAUUCCUUGGUAUAUAAUCCUGGGAACUACUUUAUAAUCGAUGACAACGGGAAGUACACUGGGACAAUAAGAGUGAACCAAACACUGCCUCAAAAUUUAAAUGUGCUGACAAUUAGAGUGCAAGCAGCAGAUCAAGGCACCCCUCCACUGUUCAGUAAUGUGACAAUCAAUGUCAGCAUAGUAGAGGAAGCAAACGCUUUGCCUCCAGUAUGGUUAGGAUCGGAAGAAAGUUAUAUUGUCACAGUUGCUGAAAAUGUUAGCAUUGCUAAUGCUUUGCUCACUUUUACGGCACAGUCAAGAAACGCAUCAUUGCCAACCCUUAGCUUUGGACUUCUGGACAAUUUUGGCGGUCUUUUUACCGCUUCAUCAAAUGCAGCAAGUGGUCUCAAUCAAACUGGAGCCCUGCGACUCUUGACAAACUUGGAUUAUGAAAAAGCAACAGUGUAUUCUGUUACUUUGCUAGCCACGGAUAUAAAAAAUCAACGAUCCUCAAAAAAGUGUACAAUUAACGUGAAAGAUGUCAAUGAUGUCACGCCUACUUUCCUCGGUAUUGAUGAGGAGUCAAAUUUCUUGGAACUGAAGCUACUAGAAGGUGACUACACUACCACACCAGGCGCUGGACAGAUUGUCGACACAAUUCGAGCCACAGAUGGUGAUGGGACCUCUCCAAACAACUUGAUUGUCAAAUACGAAAUUUUCUCGGACACCAGUGGAAAGUUCACGAUCAAUUCUCUGUCAGGUGUUUUAUCUACAAAAGCAGUGUUUGACCGUGAACUAGGGAAUGUGUACUUAAUCAGUGUUAAGGCAAUUGAUGGUGCCCCAUCUGCGCUUACAAUUGACGGAAGUCCCAACACAGGACUAGUAACAGUUAAAAUAACCAUACAGGACGUGAAUGACAAUGUCCCAACUUUUGAGAAGACCAUGUAUAACUUUGAUGUUGCUGAAGACACCAUUAUUGGUAAAUCAGUGGCAAGGGUCACUGCCACAGACCGAGAUUCAGAUGCUGUGCUAUCCUAUUCUAUUCGCUCUGGUAGCUCCAAUGUACCGUUUGCUAUUGUUGCACAAACUGGGGACAUUUAUGUGGCCGGAGAAAUAGACUUUGAUCAGGGACAAAGGGUUUACACCAUGAAUGUUCAAGUGUCGGACUCCAUAUUCACCAGUUCGACCAAUGUGACCAUCAACAUUCUGGACUCCAAUGACAACCCACCUGUUGUCCAGGACUACUCUUAUACCAACAUCACUGAAAACGAUAACUCUGUGGUUGGAAAGCUUGUAACUAUCAAAGUUACAGACAAAGACAACAACGGGGUAAACACAUUUUUCUACAGUCUUCGUUUCUCAGACAGUCUAAGUCAAAAUUUCUUUGCCAUCAGUUCAAAUGGAGAUUUAAGGAUUAUAAAGGCAUUGGACAGAGAUUUCCCAGAUGGGCUUGCUGAAUUCAAGUUCACAGUUGAGGUGCGUGAUGCUCCGUUAGAUAAGAAACCCCUCUAUGGGUACGGUGAGGUCACUUUUCGACCCAUUGAUGUCAAUGACAAAGCUCCUGAAUUCCCAACAGAAGCAAUGCAAAUGACUGUAAGAGAGGAACAGCCACCACCUGUGGUUCUUGGAAAGGUUGGGGUCGUGGACUACGAUGACCCACUUCUGGACAAUAGCAAGUUUGACCUGGCGAUUAUAAGUCAAUCACCAGAGCCAACUCAGGUGCACUUUAGUCUGUCCGGAACAUCUAUUCGAACAAAUAGCAUCCUGGACAGGGAGAGAGUUAAUAAGUACUUCCUCACGAUGAAGGCUGUUGAUAGAGGAACUCCCAAACAAACUGGUUCCGGAACGUUGACUAUUACUGUUGAAGACGUUAAUGACAAUGCACCAAAAUUUAAUCAGACUUACAAGUUUGUCCUGUCAGAGCACCAAACGGAAGGUGAGGUUGGUAGAAUCCAAGCCUUUGAUGCUGACAUUGGUGUAAACGCCGAGCUGACAUUUUCUCUUGAUGACGCCUCAAUAACAUACUUCAAAAUGAACCAGGAUCGGGAAACAAACCAAGGAGUCCUCACAAUAUUUAAGGCUGUCGACUAUGAUAACCAAGUCAAUCUACAAAGAAAUUUUACCCUUACUGCCGUUGUUGUUGAUACGGAUCCCAAUCACAAAGAUCAGACCCGCAUUCAAAUACUUGUAAUUGAUUACAACGACGAGAUCCCGACAUUUAAUGAAGAUCAAAAGUCGGUGACUGUUGCUGAAAAUGUUGCAGUAGGAAAAUCUAUUGCCCGAUUUAAUGCUUUUGAUAGGGAUGUGAAUCCAGAAUACGAGAAGUUUCAAUACUACAUUGCACAUGAUAGAGACAGGACCAAACGGUUUAGAAUCAACCAGAAUGGAGAGGUGUUUAUUGAGAAUCCUUUAGACUAUGAAACAACUUCAAUUCACGUUCUGCAUAUACUUGCUAUUGACAACGUAAAUGUGUCGGUGACUGACAUUAACGACAACUUCCCAGACUUUAAACAGAAAGACCUGACUGGGAACCUGAUGGAGCACCAGCAGUACAACGACGAAGAGAUACUAACUAUCACUGCAACAGAUGCCGACGGCCCAGGCAAUGGGGGCCCCUACCAGUUUGACCUCGACUGUAGCUACGAAGGUGGCUCUCCCCAGUGCAACUGCCAACUUUCGGGCAGUGGCUGCCCCAGCAGCAAUACCAACAACUUCAGUUUAACUAAGGAUAUGGCUGGUGAUAGCAACCGUGGUACUGCUAAGUUGAAGGUCACAGGAGAGUUCGACGGUGGCUUCGAGCGAGUGGUUAAGUUACCUAUCUGGAUGUGCGAUCUGCAAGGAUUGAACCGUUCAGACCAGCAGUGUGGCCACCGAUUCCUAAAUAUUAAAAUCAACGGCAAGGAUAAUAACACGCAACUUGACGGUAAACAGUCCAUUACAAUUAAUUAUUACAUGAAGUAG